CGAGAGGACUGGCUCCGCCCCGCCCCGCCCCUGGCUCCCCCGGGAGGGCGGCUCAGGGGCGGGGACGGGGGCGUGGUCCCACGGUAUAAGAACGGAGGGGGCGGCGGUGCGGCGGCUCACUCGGUGCCGCUGCCUGGGGGCUGUAGAGGUCGCGCUGCUCCUGCUGGGGCCUGCCCACGCCAAGGACCUGCCUCUGUUGCCUCCUCUUCCAUCGCCCAGUUUCCCCAGCCAGAACAUCCCCCGAAGAUGGCAGAGGAGAGCAGCUGUACCAGGGACUGCAUGUCCUUCAGCGUGCUCAACUGGGAUCAGGUUAGCCGGCUGCACGAGGUCCUGACUGAGGUUGUACCUAUCCACGGACGAGGCAACUUUCCAACCUUGGAGAUAACUCUGAAGGACAUCGUCCAGACCGUCCGCAGUCGGCUGGAAGAGGCAGGCAUCAAAGUGCAGGACGUCCGGCUGAAUGGCUCUGCAGCUGGCCACGUUUUGGUCAAAGACAAUGGCUUGGGCUGCAAAGACCUGGACCUGAUCUUCCAUGUGGCUCUUCCAACAGAGGCAGAAUUUCAGCUGGUUAGAGAUGUGGUUCUGUGUUCCCUUCUGAACUUCCUGCCAGAGGGUGUGAACAAGCUCAAAAUCAGUCCAGUCACUCUGAAGGAGGCAUAUGUGCAGAAGCUAGUGAAGGUUUGCACGGACACUGACCGCUGGAGCCUGAUCUCCCUCUCCAACAAGAAUGGGAAGAACGUGGAGCUGAAGUUUGUCGACUCCAUUCGGCGUCAGUUUGAGUUCAGUGUGGACUCUUUCCAAAUCAUCCUGGAUUCUUUGCUUUUCUUCUAUGACUGUUCUAAUAACCCCAUCUCUGAGCACUUCCACCCCACCGUGAUUGGGGAGAGCAUGUACGGGGACUUUGAGGAAGCUUUUGACCAUCUGCAGAACAGACUGAUUGCCACCAAGAACCCAGAAGAAAUCAGAGGCGGGGGACUUCUCAAGUACAGCAACCUUCUGGUACGGGACUUCAGGCCCACGGACCAGGAAGAAAUCAAAACUCUAGAGCGCUACAUGUGCUCCAGAUUCUUCAUCGACUUCCCGGACAUCCUUGAACAGCAGAGGAAGUUGGAGACCUACCUUCAAAACCACUUUGCUGAAGAAGAGAGAAGCAAGUACGACUACCUCAUGAUCCUUCGCAGGGUGGUGAACGAGAGCACCGUGUGUCUCAUGGGGCAUGAACGCAGGCAGACCCUGAACCUCAUCUCCCUCCUGGCCUUGCGUGUGCUGGCGGAACAAAACAUCAUCCCCAAUGCAACCAAUGUCACCUGUUACUACCAGCCGGCUCCUUAUGUCAGUGAUGGCAACUUCAGCAACUACUACGUUGCCCAUCCUCCAGUUACCUACAGCCAGCCUUACCCUACCUGGCUGCCCUGUAACUAACCUUGAGACCUGAGGGUUUCCACAAUGGCAACCCCAAUAGGGCUAGGGCUCUCAGGUAGGGGAGCCUCCUUCUAGAUGUAGGUGUUUGGCUUUUAAAGGGGAACUCAGCUCUGAUUCUGCUUUUUUUUUUUUUUUUCUUUGUGUACCCAUUGGAAUGGGUCUACAGUGUAUCAUGAGCCAACCCUAAAAGGACCCAUAUUACAGUGCCACGUUGGAAAAUGCUACAGGAAGCAUGACCUAGCCACAUCUUUCCAAGAUAGACACUAACAUGUCACGUCCCAACGUUAGCAUGUGGGGAUUGAGCUCUGUGCAGUAAUCGACAUUGGGAGAAUUUGGGCAGCGCGUGAGAAGUGCUAAGCUACUUGUUUUCUCACUUGAGCCUGAGUAGGCUGCGUUGGCCCUCACUUGGGAUUCUCGGCAGUUACGUGAAAGUUGUGCUGAUAAUCUCUUCUCUUGUAUCAAUUUUUAGUCAGGCAGAAAAUGGUAAACACGAGGGUGCUCUUGUGACUUAAUUUUUGUUCAAGGGACGGAAUUGCUUAUGUUUAUUCCCUGUCAGCAGAGCGGAGAAUGUCAUUCAUCAAUAAACCAAAGCCAAUAGCUGGAGAAUUGAGAUCUGGUUAAAAGUGGUUUAUGGUUUACAUGCUGUACUAUCCUGAGGAAUUGCGAGAUAUUGCUGAGGGGAAAAAAAAAAUGACCUUUUCUUGAAAUGUAACUUGAAAACAAAAUAAAAUGUAGAACAUAAUGUUUAAUUAGAAUUGUGGUGGUGGUAGUGGAAGGGGAUAAUUGUAAAUAGGAAACAUGAAUGUUCAUUUUUUUCUUUAAAGAAUUCUUAUUAAAUGACUCCCCACCUUUUUUUUUUUUUUUUCUUUUUUCCUCAUCAGCUCUUUCAUGGCUGGCUUUUGUUUUAUUCUUCCUAAGACUAAGGAUUGUGCUGAGUCCAGAGUCAUUGUGGUAACUGACAUGAGGGUCUUCCCAUGUUUUAAUUGGAAACCCAUUUUGGUCACAUUCCAAAUAUGACACAGCUGUUCUUCUGGAGUACUUUGGCUAUUUUUUGUUUGUGUUCUUUUUGUUUUUUUUUUUUUUCAAAAAUAGUAACUUCCUUCUCCAGGUGUGUUUGACAGCAACUCAAUUCAGGAAUUUCAGUAGAACUGAGUGACCUGUGGAACUGCUUUAGAAUCUAACCUGCUGUCUUCGUGCUGUGUGUGAAGGGGAAGGUAGGGGGUUAGCAUUAAGUCUGGCUUUGUGUGCAUUGGAGCUACCAAGGCACUUUGAAAUCAUUCCAGUAUAUUUGGGAAGAAUUGAGUGAAUGAGAAUGCUCUUCCUUAUUCUGGUAGAUUUGACUUGUUUAUAUUCUGCACUUUAGAAGGAAAACAGUGUUAAUCUCUAGUCGAAAGAAAGCUUAGUAACUGAGAGAGUUCUAGGCUACUGUGGCUGUUUCCGGUAGAUUUAGAUGAGAUUAUGUGUUUUGAAAUGUUUUGUGGGGUCCCUUAGCAUUACUUUAGGGCAGAGACACUCAAUAUUGUCAGCCAGCUUGGGUUCUAAAGUGAUUUAAUCCAAUUCGUGCUCCUGAAUUUUUUUUUUUUUUUUUCCCUUCCUUUGGCUAUAAAAACCCAAAGCCCGGAGUGAUUGUUUUCUCCUCGCUUUAAGCAAUGAAGUUAUCCUAAUGCAAAAGAGCUUAGUAGAAAAUGAGUGGUUUACCUUUUUCUAAAAGUAUAUUUUCAAGUUUAUUCUGGAAUGUGAUACCUUGGUCCUCGUAAAAGCGGAUCAGACAUGACUGAAACUCAAGGCUUAGCUGGUAUCUAUGUUGUGCUGCAUUAGGUGACUAGAAGCUGCUUCUUAGUGUCAUCAGCUCCUUUUUUGCUGUGAACCUUAGUUAUAUUUGAAUUCAGCAGCUUUGAAUCAAGGCCGGUUCUAAUUGAGGGGACCCAGGGUGCUUCAGUGUUAAGAGUGGGGCGAUGAAGAGUGAACCCCGCUGAAUGAUCCCAACUUGAAAACUAUCUGGUCAUUCAUGACCUUAAAAAGCUGCCAUUGUGGUCAAAUGGCAUGUGUUUGCACAAAAAUGACAGAUGUGUUUCACCAAAGCUUUGAAAUGUGAUGAAGCCUCCAACAGAAGCACUUGCCUAACAGAAAUCAGUAUUUCUUCUACCUAGAAGGUUUGGGGACCAGAGUAAUGAGGCACCAGAUGGAGAUAAGAUCUGCAUCAAGUAAUUACAUUUCCAGUUUGUCCUUGGGGUUCUUUCUGCUUUUUUUUUUUUUUUUUUUCCCCUGUCUGUUGAUAGUCCUCUUCUGAGGAUGAAAGGAGGCACAGAGGUUGCAAGAAAGACCCAGUCCCCAGUCUUUGCCACCAUUGCACCAUGGUAGCCUCGGAGUCCCUUCACCUGACCUUUUUAGUCAGCUCAGAUCUUUUUGUAGUUUGAGAAUAGACAUGUGUUCAAGAGCUAUCAGGGUUAAAAGCUUCACUGACCAAAGCUGUACUUUUAAAACACAACCCCUGGGCUAGUGAUGUCUCCACUUGCUCUAUGAGCCUUUUCCCAGCCUCAGAAUAGGCGAGGUAACCUUGAAUUUCAGGUCCCUGGAAAUUCUAGCUGAAACCUGCCUUUCCUAAUGCUCACACAAGCACCAGGUACCCUGAACUUAUACUGAGUCCAGUGGUUCCUAUUUUGUGUGUGUGUGUGUAUGUGUGUGUGUGUGUGUUGAGUAACAUAAAACUUGGCAGUAGCAGAGGGCACUGAAGUUCACAUGCAAGUUCUGAUCUAAAUUUAAGCAGUCUCUUGUUUGUUUCGGGGCUCUGGUUUGACUGUUUUCUGAUGGUUUCGGCAUGUCUGCAGCCUGUUCUCCUAGCCUGCUGCUUAGAGUCAGGUUGAGCAUCAGUGAGAUGAAGACAGUACCUUUUCCUCUCACAUUGGCAGAAUGGCACGCACUGGAUGCCUGACCUUGAGCUCUAGUCUCCCAGUUAAAUCUUACCUUGACAGUAACACACUAUUCCUCAUUCAAUAAUUUCAAUGCUGAAACUGAACUCUAUUACUAAUGCCUUCCAGUCAGAGUUCCUGAUGGGAUGCCUAUGGGAUGUGGUAUGGCCCACACCUGUGGGACCUGGCAGAUGGGGUGAGUUGGGUAAGGAAGAUGAUGCUUAGUUCCUGAUAGAUGCUACAGAUGUAGUUUGGCAUUUCAGUUUUUUCCAGUUUGAGUUUUCACUGGGGUUUGAGUCACAGCGAGCUGUGUAUGAACUUGUGUUUUGUGGUGACACAUUAAUAAUCAAAUUGCUAAAGCCCUGAAUCUGCUUAUUCUUCAGCUUCACCUCUCCACUAACCCCUCACCCUUAUGGUACGUUAGGAUUUUAACUAGUACUGCUUUGUUGCCUUUGGGAAAUGGUGCCACUCAAAAGCAGCUUCCUAACUUUAGGAAUAACUCCUUUGUAGUUUACUUUCUGGUACUGGUUGGUGCCUUGUAUUGGGAUACAGCUAUAUUCUUAGCUCAGAUGUCCUCUUUUAGAGAGCAAAGUAGUUAUCCAAUGGUGAGAAGAGACCCUGAUACUCAUGGGGGCCAUUCCUUCCUGCGUGUCGGACCAGGGCUCUGUGUCAGGGAAAACCUUCUGGGUGGAUUCUGUAACAAUCCAGUUUCCAAGGUUAGAUUCACAUCCCUAAUCCUGCAGAGACUAGAAUUUCACAACUCACUUUGGAACAUACUCGAAUUCAACCAGUUAAAAUCAGAGGACCAAGUUGUGGGGCCGGGGGGCGGUGUUGAGGAGAGGUAUUUUUAAAGAUCUGGCAACUUUUCAGGAUUAUUUGUUGAGAACUCUUAAGGUGAAGAUCAGGAACGAAAAGACUGUGUGUGUGUGUGUGUGUGUGUGUGUGUGUGUGUAGUUCAAGUGCCUAAAUCUUGUUUACCUAUCACUUUUUAAAAAAUAAUUGAAGUGUAAGCCAAAUAAAAUGCUUGGAGUUUUGCCUGGGCUUAGUGAGACUUGGUGCAAAUCCUCGUGUGUGUUUGCAUAGGAAGGUGAGAUGACCAUCUACUAAAGAGGAAGUAGCUAAAUACAGAUCUGUGGGUGUUUUUCAAAAAAACUCAACCUAUCUGGUAUUUUAUUUUAAUGGAUAAAAAUGUAAUUUUCCUAAGGUAGCAACUUAUUUCCAAAUUAAUAUAGAUGAAAAAUAGAUACCCAUUAGACUAAAUUGAAAGCUUUUUGUUCUAUAUUUGCAUAGCCUUUGAAAUAUUAAUUUCUUAGCAGUGCCUAGGAGGUCUGGGGUUUCCUCUUUGGUAGUAGUCACUAACCUUACUUGAUGCAGAUAAAAUCACUUGUCAAUGCCAAAUGUGUUAGAACUUGACAAAGCUUUGAGUUUGAGAAAUAAAAGUAUAUUUAAAAUUUAAAUAAAA